GCCAAAUUGACCCCACCAAAGCUCUGAAUCUUGAACAUCAUCACCAGAAAAAGUAACAUCCCACACUACAACUUGAGCGCAUGGAUUGGUAAACCAUGUCUAAACAGUAUCUAACCACGCACACCGUGGACAAUGCACAUGUCACCGACAUCUUCUCUCUUGCCGCGACUUCCACAUCCUUACUGUCAGCCUCGGGUUCCUCGACGCUGCACGUUCACUCCACGAAAGACCAGACCUUCCCACUUGCCCAGUCCAUCAGCAAUGCCCACAAGCUGGGCUGUCACCACGUCGCCGUAUCACGAAAUGGCAAGGUAGCGGCCUCCGCAGGCUUCGGCGGCGAAGUCAAGCUCUGGAAGCAGUCUGAACUAGGCUCGGGAGAUUGGGAAUCCCAUGGCGAACUCAACACAGCAGGCGGCGCAAAUGCCAGCAGCGCAAAGAAGGCCGGCGAGGUAUGGGCCAUCGCGCUCAGUGAAGAAGGCAUGUACUUGGCCGCGACGACGUACGACGGGCGGAUCAACGUCUGGAGCCUCGAGACGCCCGAGGGCAAGAAGAUCCAGGAGUACGAGACAGGCAGCGGCGGUUCGGGCAGUUUUGGUCUCUCCGUCGACCUGAGUCGGGAUGGCAAGUGGACUGCCUCGGGGCACCAAAGCGGGGCUAUAUAUGUGUUCAACAAUGACACUGGAAAGAUCCAAUACUCCCUUCCUGGAUUGGUCAAGCCGGUUCGUGCAGUCGCUUUCUCCCCAGCCGGCUCUAGACUGGCCGCUGCCGGCGACGCAAGCAUCAUUGCCCUCUACGACAUGAAGCACGGUGAGCACGUCGGUAACCUAACGGGCCACGCUGCUUGGAUCACAAGUAUUGACUGGAGCGACACUGGUGAAUAUCUGCUGAGCGGCUCGUUCGACGGCAAAGUCAAGGUAUGGUCUAUCGAACGCAGCGCAUGCGUGGCUACGCACAACGAGACAGACAAGGCUCUCUGGAGUGUCAAGUGGCUACCUAAGACUACGAAGAACGAGAUGUUCGUCACGGCCGGAGCAAACAGGAGUUUAACCUUCUACCGCGAGGCAACUGGCAUAUGAUGAGGCGCCCAGUUUCUGGGUGGCACACUUGGCGGGGGCACAACGUUUCUUGUGGUAGAUUGAUUGUAUCUAAAACCACUCGGCAGCACUCAGGAACGAUCGAGAAAGGACGGGGUCUGCAUGUUGUGAUGGCAUUUGCUUGGCAAUGGCGUUUGAGAAAAGGUCCCGGAAAAUCAAAGUAGCUACUUCCCACUUGGGUGAUGACAUGAAUUCAAAAUGGCCAUGGACGUUUUGCAACAGAUUAUGCAGGAUACGAAUCCUAAUACAUAUUACAAUUUG